UCGCGAAAUUCGGGGUUUCAAGGUAGGAACAAAAUGUACUUUAAGCCGAUUUAAACGUUUUGUGUUUUUACAUGAGCGCAUUUAACAUUUUAUUACCUCACCACCCGAAUGGUUAUUUCGCGGAUAAAAAGGUGGACAAAACAAGGUUGAAAAACAACUAAAAGAAGGACAGACCGGGAUGUCUACAAGGGUGCUCUGUGGUAGGGCCAGGAUGGCGGUCUGCCAGACGGCUGGACUCCAGGCCGUAAGAGCCAUCAGACUGGGACGAACCAGGACCUUUUCCGGGGCCAGCUCCGAUGAACCGUAUAUCGCAGUUUCACAAGCCCAAUCAGGGCCCAGCACUGUAUGGCCCGACGAGAAGAUGGGCCCCUUCGGACCACAGGACCGCCGCUUUCAGUUGCCAGGCAACACAGGGUUCGACUGUCACCUGGAAGGCGUGGGCAACCAGAAGCUGUUCCCGCUACACCGAACGGUGCCGGAUGUACUGAGCGCGCCCACUAGUGGCGAGCGGCACGAGUUUGUGCUGGCGCAGUUUGUCAGCGAGUUCCAGACCAAGGAGGCGAACGUGUCGUUGAGAAUGCGCAAGGCCGAGCAGUACUUUGAACAAAUGUCCACCGACUGCACUGUGAACUCCUGCCCAGAGCUGCUGAGGAAAGAUCUCGACCUGUACUUCCCCGCAGUGCCCACCGGGGGCAUCACCGUUGUCACGGUAACGCAGCGAAACGAGAGGCUCAGCGGGCCGCAGGAGAGCGGAGAACAGCUUCUCGGUCAAUUUGUGACCGGCGCCAAAGAAAUGUGCUUCGCUCUGUGGACUGCGGGCUACUGGGCCGACUUCAUUGACCCCAUGACCGGAGCGGCCUUCUUCGGAUCGGUGCUCCCGACGUCGGUGGUCGCCAAGGGCGACCGGCGGCACCAGGGCUUCCAGAUCGAGGCGUCGGGCUCGUGCACAGUGAUCCGUCACGUGCUCAGGGGAACGCCGGUGUUCGUGGGGACGGUGUUCACCAACGCGCCGACCUACAGCUCCACCGUCGCACGACUCAGGGGACUCGCAAACGCACGCUGAUCGGACGGGGAUGGCGUCGCGCAGCGGAGGAAAAAUGUCUGGGGGAAAAAAAAAUAUCGGAAAGUCGGAACAUCCGACUUGGGGUUCUCCGGUCAUGGACAUGAGACCCAGGUGCACGUCUUUUUGGAUAUUUUUCGAACUCUUGUUUUUAUAUGCUGUACGUUAGGUGCACCCGAUUAAAAACAACCUGGGUUGAGCCGUGAUUGUAAACUGUAAUGCAACUUGUAGCGAGGUCGGGAAAGUUUAGUGUGGAUUUCUGAAGUUGUGGAAUGGUAUUUUUUGUCUUAUUUAAAAUCAGAUUUGGUUGUUAUCUUAUCGGAUUCACAGAUGAAAACCCUGGCUGUUCUCAGUGUUUUUUCGUCGCAGUCACGAGAUUUGAUUUUCCGAUUGUUUAUUUCCAAUGAGUAAAUUGGAUUUGAGAGGAAAAGGAAAUCCAUACAGCCUCUUCGCUGACUAGUAUGGAGACAGUCAAGUUAUGCAGUUUGUAAUAUAUAUUGUUCAUAAUUUUAUAUCGUCUGUCAAUAGCCCUUCUGGAACCCACACUUGUCAUUUCUCAACAUUACUAAAAGUAAAGUUUUAUUUUUUUGUCUGUAUUGUAUUCCGAUUUCCUUUUUGUAGCCGAUACAAGCCGUUUUGAAAAUCUCCCUCUUCUGACAUCACGACUGUCCACCUAGAUGUAUGCCGGAUAGAUGAGCAACGUUUGCUACAGUCCACUGGAUAGGCUAGUAGACUGAUCUAAUGAUUUCUUUAUGAAUGAGAUCAGAUCAUAGAUUUAUGGGACUUUGUUUUGCUAUUCUGAGAACUGACCACCCAGCUUGGAGAUGCUAUUCUGAUUCAAAGUUCAGACUUGCUCUUCAAUGUUGUACCCAGGAUCGGCUAAGGGCAAACUAAAGUUAAGAAAUUAAGUAAGAAACACGUGUGCCUACCAUAUCAUGCUGUACUCUACCUUACAGUCGAGCAAUGCCAUUAUAUACAAUUUUAAACCCAUGUUUCAUGUAGUCUCGUCCCUCACCACUAGAUGUCGCUUUUGCUUUAAGAGCGACCAGCCCAACCAGAAGCAGCAUGAGGUCCCACCAAGACGCACGUUAUAUCAGGCUUCUUACUACUAGUUGUAUGCUCUAAUGACUUAACUAGAAGCGAAGAGGUUGCAACUUUAGAAUGGGGAGCAUGUUUGGGUUAAUAAGGGUCAAAGUACUAAAGCUAAAUGGAUGAACAAGAUCCUACUUUAGAAAAGGGAACAUAUUUUGACUUAAUUAAUAAUACAGGUAAUACAACCACUUUUAGUUUUCGGUUGUAUUCCAUAAGAAUAGACUAUACUAAUUCAGAGUAAUAUAGAGGUAAUGACUGUUCCUGUUCUAUUGCCCCUUUACAAGGCCCCAAUGAUGCCUUGGCUAUUAGCACUCAUAUCCAAUAAUGGCUUUAUUGACGGUAAUUAAACAAUAAUUAGGUGAUUAUAUUGGGUGAAAUCUUAAUCAAUUGAGUACUAAGGGUAAAAUAAGGUUAUACAGAAUGAGGUAUUAAUAUGUGUAAUGAUUACUAAUAAAGGGACAGUAUACUGAUAGGCAUAUUAAUAAACACAUAUUUUCCAUUAACUAGGUGCUUAUUAAUAUGCCUAUCUGAAUAUAAAGUAUUACCUUACGUGGUUACAUUGCUUGUAGAAUGGUCAUCUGUGAUGACCGAGGCGGAAAUUGUGACAUCCAUUCACACAUUCAUACUAACAGGCCACAUAUGUCCUUGGCGACUAGAGAAGCGUCCGGCUCAUACAAGGAGCCAUUCAUUCACAUAUAAAUUCUGGAGAUUCCGGCAGGCCAGAGAGGUAUUCCAUCAACCAAGUUAAAAGCAAAGCCGGGCUUAUUUUGCUUUGCCUAACUAAUUUCAGCUAGAAUUCAGUUGCGUUCCAUUAACGUGAUUUAAGGAAAUGACCGCUGAGUAAUCAUGGCAAUUUUCCAGACCAAACUAACCAGAAGGGUAUUCCAUCAAAGUCGCUAAUGAAAGCGGCGCAUAGUUGAUUAAGCCAUUCCACUUGAGGCUAAAGCCAUUCCAUCAACGCAGUUCAGCCACGGCUUGAGAACUUGUGUGUCGGUUUUCCCUUCAUCACACAACAAUAUAACACACAGAGUGAUGUCCUUUUAUCCUUCCUGCAAUGCGUUGACGUCUCCCACACAGAGUAAUAUGGCUAAUGGCUCGCUGAAUACGCGUCAGAUUGGGUCAGACAUUAAAAUGAGCAAUGUCACUGUCCGGUCGUCAGUAUACUUAUACCAAAUAGUCUAUACAAAUGUUUGAAAAAUCCAACCACCUUCCAAUUUCCCUCUUAAAUGGCUGCAGUUGCUAAUAAUGUUUCCAUUCUGUCAGUUAACAAGGGGUCAUAUUCUCACAGAUACAAAAUAUAAAACAUUGGCCUUGUCGUUUAAACAUCAUUUAAUGACGCCCAUGUGGAUCUGUAUUCACUGUCUGAAGCUUUGGAUAAACAUGUUUUAUAAAAGAUUCAACAGUAAUAUAUGAGGCUGUUUGUUAAGGCUAAGUUUCAGUACUCUGUUAUUGCAUGUGGAGCCACUAGGGAGCUGUGAAUCGGUGCAAUUCACCUUCUGGCCAACAUGAUUAAGGUGAAGGAGAUGUGUUUGGAAUGGUUGAAGAGUCUUUGGCGCUCAACACACACCACAACAAGCAGGUGAACAGAAAAUAAAGACUCAACAGGAACCCAAUCCCAAUAAAUGAACAUAAAGUUCAAAGUUUAAAAGUUUUUUUUAUUGGUAACAUGCUUGUAAAAGAUACAAAUUGUACAUACUGUGAAAUUAAAAAGGGGUUAUCACUCUGUCAUCGUGCAACUUACUGGAUCCUGAAUAAAUAAUAAAUUAUAGUAAAUCCAAAAAACAGACAUCCCUUAAUGAGCUGGUUCCAUAAAAAAUAAAUAAAUAAAAGUGCCUGGAAAAUUGUGCAAAUGGGCCAGUUAUAGUCCACCAGAGUUAAGCAGUCGAACUGCCUGCAGAAAGAAGCAGCUCCUCUGUCUCUCAGUCCGAGCUUUAGGCGUCUGCCCGACUGCAGCAGGGUGAAGAGGCCAGCAUUUGGGCGAGAGGCGUCUUGCCUGAUUUUCCUGGUUCUUGCCCUCACCCUCUUGCUGUAUUUAUCUUCCAGGGUAGGGAGGGUUAACCUGAGGCCUGUUUCAGGUAGCUGGUUUAACAUACUCUGAGUUUAAUCCUGCGCUCUGAGUUGGUUGACUCAGAGUUCAGGGUUGAAAAGCAACUCUGGGUUUUCGGUUUCAGAACAGGUGAUCAGCGUUGGGUUAAUCAACUCUGAGUAUGUUCACUCUGGGUUGAGGGCGUGCCUGUUGACUAUGAAGAGCCAUCAUCAAUGGAUCUCUGAUAACAUGAUCAAACAUGGACCAAAAGCGUAGAUCCACUUACUUUUCCCCCACGGAAUUGGAAAUUCUAAUGAACGCGUAUGCCGAGCAGUUACCCAUUUUAACUUUUUAUUGACAAAUAAAAGCAAUUCCGCCGCGGCAG